CUGAGGGAACUCCUGACGUGUGCCUGAGGGGCUAUACCUCAAUGUCGUCGGGCAACAGAAUGCCGGUUGACUGGGUCGGGGGAGGCUAACAGCUGCGACUGUUCAUGGACAGCCAACUUGCUUCGGCAACCCACCCAGCAAAGUCCACCAAGUCUGUGAGGUGAGGCUAUUCAUGAACAGUGUUCAUGAACAGCCCGAGUGUAAACAACACGCGAGGGAGGGGCCCAAGUCAACAACCGGUGCCUCUCCCAGAGACAUCACUUCUUCACAAAAACAACCAAACGUUCUGGACUGCAGCAUCUUCACCAUAUCAUCACCAAAACCUUCAUCUUCCGCGACUGCUCUGCGAAGCGGCAAUCGUUCUGACUAUUCUGUCUAUCUUGUCUUACCCCUGACAACAACACUUGCCUCUUCCUUUCUUGCAUCAAGAGCCGCAUCAUCGCGUCUGCUUGCACCGAUAUUCUCUUCGCCAACCUUCUUAACAUCAACAAUUUGUCAACAUGAACACCAACAUGAACCAGAUGCUUCCCCAGCAGGCCAAUGUGAUCCAAAUGAUUGGCGACAACACGGGAGUUGCACAAGGACAACAGAUGAGUGGCAUUGUCACAGAUUUCCAGCAAAACCAGUCCGGACCCAGCCAGCCGCCACAGCCAACUCCGAACCAGCUGCCCCAGUCCCUACUCAGCAAGCCUCCUCAGCCCGUCGUAAGCCAGCCGUUAAAGAAUAACCAGAAACCCAAGGGGCCAAAAUUGACCCCCAAAAACAUGGCCGCCGUCAACGAAGCUCAAGGUGCCGAGAGCUACAUCUCGAGCCCUGGCCUUGGCAACGUUAGGCUUGCCUUCUUUUGCGACGCCUCGAUGUCGUCAACCCACAACAACCAGCACCUGUACCUACCCGGUGGCCUGGGAGUUGUGUUCCGUCGGUAUACGCCCGGGACGUAUAUGAACGGCGAUAUUGUGAGCAUGGGUUUUGCUGUCGGUGCUAUCAUCGACAACAACCUUGGGGAGGGACUUGCGAUCCUCCAAGCCAUCACCAUAGCCGAGGAAGAGCUGCACUGGGCGUCAGCCAU